GUAAUGUUAGGGUAAUACUACUAAAGUUAGACACAAAACUGCUUAAUGUCAUAUAGAGCAAUAAAAUCAUAAUUUGGGGGAUGAUAUUUUCUACCAGACAGAAAUAUGCAAGCUAACAUUUAACCUAACUAUAUGUGGACUCAAAAGUAAAUAGGGAAUCAGUAAUAAAAAAGUAAAAUAUAGGCACAUUCUUCUAAAGAAUUAAAUAAUUCUUCCAUCAUUUAUUGUUUAACAGUGUCUCAGUAUGACAUCAAAAAGGCAUGCUGUGGUUUCUUUUGACUUCCAAAUUUGAGACAAUGGCUUCUAAAAAUCUCUUUAUCCAAAUCAAUAAUUUUUACUUCCCUUGUACUAUAUUGACUUCAUUUCAAUAAAUUGCAUUAAGUGUCCUAAAUUAAUAUCUCAGGAAUGGAGAUUCAACAGCAAAAAGAUAUUUUCUUGUUAUGAAGAAGUGAAUCAACCAUUAUGACCCAGCAGUUCUACUCUUAGCUGUGUAUCCACAAUAAAUAAAAACAUAUGCCCACACAAACAUAUACAUGAAUGCUCAUAGCAGCAUUAUUCAUAGUAGCCCAAAAUGAAAACAACCUAAAUGAUCAUCAACUGAUAAAUGGAUAAAGAAAAUGAAGCAUAUCCAUAUGAAGAAAUCUUAUUAAGCGAUAAAAAGUAAUGAAGAACUGAUACAGACUACAACAUGGGUGAACCUUGAAAACAUUAUGCUAAGUGAAAAAUGGGAGCACAAAAGACCAUUUGUAAUUUAUUUAUGUGAAAUGAGUGAGAUUAUUCUGGAACAGACCAAUACAGACUGAAAGUAGAGUAGUGGUUGUCAGAGGCUGCGAAGAAGGGGAAACAGAAUGACUGCCAAUGGAUACAGGGUUUUUUAGAGGGGGUAAUGAAAAUAUUCUAAAAUUAAAUAAUGGUGAUGGCUGCAUAACUUUAUGAAUAUACUAAAGACUACCGAACUGUGUAUUUUAGAAGGAAGUAUUGUAUGGCAUAUAAAUUACAAAACUGUUAUAAAAAAGGUGGGGCGAGUGAAGCAUUACACAAAGAGAAGAAGAUUACAUCCGUGGCUGACACCAGGAAGUCACUAAAAUGGAGUAUGUACUGAGUAUGAAGUUGGAUUUUCAAUACCAUUGCCAUUACCAGAAUCAAACCCAUAAAUUACUGAGAUUUGUUUGUGAUUGCUUAUACAGAUAGAUUGUCCUGGUCAAUUCAAAAUCCCUCAUAUUUUCUGAUCAAAAUUUUAGCAUAUUUAGAAUUAUCAAGGAGAAUAUUUAAAAGGCCUUAUGGUGGAAAACUAUAUAGUUACAAUUUCUUCGUAUCAGCAAUACUGAAUAUAUAUUUCAAAAGGACACAAAAACCUCUGGGUAAGUUUCCCUAUACCAUAGUAAUUGACUAGAAUUCAGAAAUAAAGUUCUGGCUCCUAAAUAAGGAAAAUCAUUUAAUUCAGCCACUAAUUUGAGUUUUUAUUCUGUUAAUGUUCAAUUGGUUGCCACAUCAGUUGAAAGGUACUCCUUUGUUGCUGUCAGUCAACUAAAUAUGUCAGAAUAGCUAAUAUUUUGCCACCAAAGAGGACAAACUCUUGUGAAACAGGAACUUUAAUUUUGCAUAGCAAAGGAGAUAAGACUUUUCAAAAAUGUAUUAAAAGAUUUCUAUUCCUGGCUGGGUGUGGUUAGGUGUUUACAGCACACUCGAAAACACGAGAAGACAGAUGAAUUUCAAAGGAAAACCUGCCACAUUAUGUGAGAUUAUGGGGAAAGCUGAAAUGUGGUUGAUUCGAACUUACUGGGAUAUUGAAUUUCCUUACCCUUAUUUACCUAACAUUGAAUUUGUUGGAGGACUGCACUGCAAGCCUGCAAAGCCCCUGCCGAAGGAGUUAGAAGAGUUUGUCCAAAGCUCUGGAAAGGAUGGAGUUGUGGUAUUUACUCUGGGUUCAAUGAUCAAAAACCUCACAGAAGAAAAGUCUAAUCUAAUUGCAUCAGCCCUUGCCCAGAUUCCACAGAAGGUUCUGUGGAGAUACACAGGAAAGAAACCAGAUACGUUAGGACCCAAUACCCGGCUAUAUGAAUGGAUUCCCCAGAAUGAUCUUCUUGGUCAUCCCAAGACCAGAGCUUUUAUCACUCACUGUGGAACCAAUGGGAUCUAUGAAGCUAUUUACCAUGGGGUCCCUAUGGUGGGAAUUCCCAUAUUUGGUGAUCAGUAUGAUAAUAUUGCUCGUAUGAAAGCCAAAGGGGCAGCUCUUAAAGUAGACUUACAUACAAUGACAAGUUCCGAUCUACUUAACGCUUUGAAGGCAGUUAUUAACAACCCUUUCUAUAAAGAGAACGCUAUGAGGUUAUCAAGAAUUCACCAUGAUCAGCCUACAAAGCCCUUGGAUCGAGCAGUCUUCUGGAUCGAGUUUGUCAUGCGCCACAAAGGAGCCAAACACCUUCGGCCAACCUCCCAUGACCUCACCUGGGUCCAGUACCACUCGUUGGAUGUGAUUGGGUUCCUGCUGGCCUGUGUGGCUACUACUAUAUUCCUGGUCACAAAAUGUUGCCUGUUUUGUUGCUGGAAAUGUGGUAAGACAGGGAAGAAGAACAAGAGAGAAUAGUUUUCUUUAAUAGUUUAGAUAGAAAACAGGGCCCAUCCGAAUUAACCAGCCAGUGAUUUGAACAGAUUCCUUUCCUAGUUUUCCCAGUUCUUGUCCAUUCCUCAGCUUAUGAAGUCAAAGAUCAAAGAAUCACCCAAGGAUUUCACCACAUGAUUUGGAGUUAAGAUGUAUAAUACCUUAUUCUUUAAAAAGAGAAGAUAAACACAAGGAGGUUCCUACCACUAAAAUCACUUGUUUUAGCUCAACAAAUUAGGAUGGUGUUUGAGAACUCAGGAAUGCAAUAAUAAAUUCUAUUUUCAGUACCAAUCAUAUUAAACGUUUUCUAAAUACUUAACAUCAUUUUGCAUCCAGUAUGUUAUAAUUAUUGCGUAUUCUCUAAACUAGACAAAGUAGAAAAAAGCAUGCUAUAGCCAGAGGUUCCCUUCUAAUAGAAAUAUUAGGAGAUUCAAAGUUUCUACUGCUGUGAAUCAUGUUUUAAAACCAUUAAUUUCAUUUCAUAUGACACAUCGGUCUUUGUUCCCCUUGGAGUACAAAACACUAUUUUUUGUCUUUGAUUUGAAGAUUGCCCUUGAUUUAAAAAUUAAUAAUAAUAGUACCAGAUUUGUACCGUAAUACUUUGUGACUUUAGAGAACUAGUUGAUUUUGAUUACUUAGAAUAAUAGAUGGUAUGGUGGAACAAAACCAAACAAUUAUAAUUUAAUACCUGCCCUUUACUCUUCCCACCAAUUUUACUUAUAAUAUCCAUGUUUGGAAAGAAGAGACAAAACUAUAACUCUUUAACUGCACUGCAGAUAAUUUGAGUUGGGGGGGGGUAUGCAUUUCUCAGAAUUCUGUCUGCUGUGGGGAUGAUUUCUCCAUCUAACAGAAAUGCAGUGGGUUUUCCCAUUUCAUCCUUUCCCUUGCCCCAGCACUUCUCCUGGUCCUCUCAAAAACUGUACUGUGACCACUAUACCAAGCACAAAUACUUAGGCUUCUUGAUAACUAGCAUUCGCCAGAAAUCUGCAGUAAGCAUGAGGAUAUACAUUGAAUUUCAAUAGAAGUAAGGAUUCUCUCUCCCUUUCUUUUCUAAAAAAAACAUCUUCCAGUACAUCUGCCAAUUCUUUACCCUUGAGGUUGAAGAAUUAUUUAAUCCAACUGGAAUUAUGUAUUAAACAAGCUCAGUAAAUGAUUUACCACAGUUUGAUAUUUAUAAUCCAAGUUUAAUAGACCUAAAAUUAUAGCUGCAUCUUAGAACAAUAUAAAUCAUUUGGAGGAUUAUCUGUGUUUUACAGGAAUAGUGGCCUAAAUAACAGCAAGGCAAACAAUUCUUAGGUGUUAAAUUAACAAUAAAGAAAUAUAAAGAAACAACAUAUUUUCUCAAUUUGAUGAGGUUUGAAAAUAAUUAUGAUGCUUUGAAGAAUAAAGUUUCAAAAUGUAAACCCUAAUGCUGCUUGGUUUAAGAUCUAUCAAAGCAAUGUAUCAUAGUGCUGAAUUAUUUUAUCUGGCAAUUAGAUAAUGUGCUUUCCUAUAAUAGUCUUUAAAAUCAUAGUUUAAAGAUAUUCCUUCUCUUUUUUGUUAUAAAAUGACAUAAUAUAAAGGAGUUAAAGUAAAGAUUUGCAUACCUUGUUAGCAAUUCCCGAGUUUAUUCAAAACAACUACCUUAACAAUUAAAGGAAUAUAUUCUACCUCGUGGAGAUGAAAGCUUUUCUUAAAAAGAAAUAUUUGCCUAUUUAAAUAAUCUAUAAAGCAUAAUAUUAAAUAUAUAAACUCUGAUAAUAAUUUUAGGUAUACAAAGGCUAAAUAAAACCAUUGAAGCAUUAUAUUUUUUCCAGUUUAAGUUUUAAUAAGAACACAUUUUUCAGGAGUUGAAUGACUUCUGGCUUUUCUAGUCAAUUAAAACGUAGAUCAUAAUUUAAUUGAAAAUGCUAAUAGGUAGAUGUAAUUGUUUUGUACAUGAGCACAUAUGUUAACACAAAGAAUGUUCUACAUGUUGUGAAUAAAAUUCAUUCAUAUUGUA